UGCUCUGAAUUUUCUUUCCAUAACUUCUUCUAUUACCAUCACUUUUUCUCUGGAGAUUCUUAUCUUGAAGCUUCUGGACAUUGAUCUGGUACAAUGGCUAGGCCUGGUAAUAAGAUCAUACAAGCCAAGCUGGUGGGUACUCCUAGGAGAUAUGGGAACUGGGAAAACCAGUUUGGCACUGAGGUUUGUCAAAGGCCAGUUUUAUGAAAACCAGGAACCAACUAUUGGAGCAGCAUUUUUUACUCAGGUAUUGUCCUUAACUGAAGCCACUGUAAAGUUUGAUAUAUGGGAUACAGCAGGUCAAGAAAGAUACCAUAGCUUGGCUCCUAUGUAUUAUCGUGGUGCAGCAGCUGCUGUUGUUGUCUAUGAUAUUUCAAACAAGGAUACAUUUGCACGAGCCAAAAAAUGGGUUCAAGAACUGCAAAGACAAGGAAGUCCAACUAUAGUCACUUCUCUGGUAGCAAACAAGUGUGAUUUGGACUCGAAGAGAGAGGUGGAGAAUGAGGUAUUUGCUAAGUUAAACAUUUCUUUUUGUUUUCUUUUUUAAGUAGUAGUAAAUGUACAUGUAUGUAAUAUGAUAGAACAUUUAAUCCAACCAUUAUUUUUUCAAAAUAUUAACUAUACUAGAAAUUAUCAGUGAGUGUAGUUCCUGAUUCCUACACGUGUAAGUGAUCUCGAAUCAUUUAAUAUUCAAUAAUUAAGCAAAACAAGUAUUUUUUCCAAAAGCUAUGUGUUACUCAGGAAACUAGCAAAUGUCCAUUCCAGGCUUGGGACGCUGCCCUACCUUUUUGUUCUAGGUCAAACCUGAAUUUGAAUUUCAGUGCCUCAUGAACAAAAUCUCUUAUCUGUUUUAUGCUAAUUGCUAUGUUUAUGAAAGUUAGAAUUGGAGCCAGAUUAAAUUUCUUUACUAAAUAUAAGCACCAUUGAUCUGAUGUAAUCUGUAUUCUGAAGUUGCCAAGUAAAAAUCCAUGUUCCACCUUUUCUCUAUCUUAUUUUCUUCUCUACACAGGAAGGAGAACAAUUUGCUCAAGAAAAUGGAAUGUUUUUCAUUGAAACAUCAGCAAAGAUUGCACAGAAUGUCAACGAGCUUUUCUAUGAAAUAGCAAAGAGAUUAGCUAAAGCUUGCCCCCCAAAGCCCUCAGGGAUGCAUCUAAAUGACGAAAAGCAGGAUGAAAGCAGGAAGUUAUUCUGUUGCCUAGGGUGAAAGUCAUACUGUCUCAGCAGUCAGGAGUCCAGAAUCAUGCCCGAUCUACCAUAGUUCUCGUUUCCUCCUAUUUCCUAAGUCGGAUUGUUAAUUUAGUUCUCAUUAGUAGUAGUUAACUCCUGUAAUUGUAAAUAAACUGUUGCUUGGAUAUGGGAACUACUAAAGGAAUCAAACAUGCAUAUAUGUUAUGCUGUGCAUAUUUGUAUGCAUAGAUAUGUUGACUGCUUUUAAAUGGAUCAGCAGCACACAGGUUCAAUUCA